GCGGACAACUCAUCCCACGGCUCCACGACUCCUCGGCCAACUUUUGACGCUCCUUUGACCCGUCGCGGCCACGUCUUCUAUCCAGACCAAAUUUCGACAUCCCAACUUCGGUUUCUCUCCCGCUGACCGUAACACGCCCGUGCCGCGCGACCAAAAAGCUCGGAAAGGGGCACCAUGGCCAUCGACGGGAAUCGCAGAGGCGGUUCGCUGGGAGGAAUACCGCUGAAGCACCUCUCCCUAAUAACGCUUACCUUCCAGAAUUCGGCCCUUAUUUUGAUAAUGCAUUACUCGCGAAUCAUGCCCUUGGUAAACGGGCAGCGCUACCUCACCUCAACCUCCGUCUUUCUAAACGAAGUCAUAAAGCUCGCAAUAUCCCUAACAAUGGCCUUGUACGAUAUGUCGGCGAACCUCCCCGCUAAUACGCCCGCGACCAUCUUAUUCGAGAAUCUCGUCUCCGCGGUGUUCACAAACGAGAGCUGGAAACUCGCAAUCCCCGCAUUACUAUACACCCUCCAGAACACUCUCCAAUACGUAGCCGUGAGCAACCUGGACGCCGCAACGUUCCAAGUCACAUACCAGCUCAAAAUUCUUACAACCGCUAUCUUUAGCGUUAUAUUACUGCGGCGGUCUUUGUCAUCGCAGAAAUGGGCGUCAUUGUGCUUGUUGGUGAUUGGCGUCGCCAUUGUCCAGUUCCCACACUCUUCCGAUCACUCGGGAAUGAAUGCGUUGAAGGAUACUUCCUCGCGGAUAUUUUGGCCCCGUACAAUUGAGGAGCUUCAAGCCCUUGGUAGCACUGCCGCGGCACAGCUGACGAAACGAUCGGCCACGUACGAAGGAAUCGAAGAAGAUGUGGCAAUGCAGAAUCCGCAGAUGAACACCUCAGUUGGCCUCGUGGCGGUUUUGGUUGCAUGUGCCAUCUCCGGUCUUGCAGGCGUGACGUUUGAGAAGAUUUUGAAAGAGUCAACGUCUACCAAUGCGUCACUCUGGGUGCGGAACGUUCAGCUGUCGUUCUGGUCUAUCUUCCCUGCGCUCUUCAUCGGAGUAAUAUUCAUGGAUGGAGAAAAAAUUUCCAAGACAGGAUUCUUCGCGGGCUACAACUGGAUUGUGUGGACGGCGAUCACCUUCCAAGCCUGUGGAGGCGUAAUCGUUGCAAUGGUGAUCAACUACGCCGACAACAUUGCAAAGAAUUUCGCCACAAGCAUCAGCAUUAUCAUUAGCUUCCUCGCCAGCGUCAUCUUCUUCAAUUUCUCAAUCACCGCAUCUUACUUGAUUGGCACAUGCGUCGUUCUAUUUGCGACCUACCUCUACACCAGCCAAGACCGCAUCCGACCACCCCCAAUCCGAAUCGCCGACUAUGAAAAGACCACCAUCGAUGCACCUCGAGACCCAGUACUCCUACAGUUGACCGUCAUCACUUCCGGACGAAUUCGGAUCGCAAAACAUUCCCAAAGCGAGAUUCUUAAGCCGGUUAUUGGAGACCGGGCCUAUCGACGAGUCAUUCAUAUUGGUAGGCGCAGUCAACAACAGGGAUUUGGCUAUCGGAAAAUCAUUGGACGGCUUUCAGGGGUCUGGUGCAUUGUCUUUCUCGGUGGGGGCAUUCUUUGGGAACGUUUGAAAGGGACGACACAAUGGCGAUUAUGGUUAAGAGACCGUCGGCAGGCGGGUGUGUGUAUAUACUACUUGGAGGGAUAUGGUGAACGGUGGGCUGCUUCACUGCAGCUUGAACUGUUCGUUGUCCACCGCUCCUUCCCCGUCCAAUAUAUCCAUUCAGUUUCGACCUCGCCACCUCACCUCUACCUGAUCUCGUCAUUGCUGACCAUGGGGGACGGCAUCUUUGACCUCCUCGAUGAACUCGAGCACCGAGAAGCGGGUCGGCAGUACAGCCUCCCUCGAUCAAAGUACAUACUGCCACCUCGUCCACUGCCUUCCCGUGAUCGGUACCGAGCUCCUCGACAUACCGAAGAGCCUAAGUCCGUUGGCUUAGAAGGCAUGGACGAAGAUGGAUCAGAAAUGCCCUUUGACUCCUUUGGUCAGUUUAUCAAUUUACCACUCGGGGAAGUAGAGCAUGCUAAUCGACCUUAUGAAGACCGUCAGAGGCAGGCUGCACAAGGUAAAGCGAGACUUUCGCUGGCGUCGAGGGCACCGAGGUACUUAACGACUGUCGGUGCUCCUUCUCCGUCACAAGCUGCAUAUCAUGGCGGAGGAGAGAGCAGCCAGGCUUAUUUUGACGGUAAGUGGCUGGUCAAAGGCCCGGAUUCCCAGCCACGGAUCAGGAAUCUACCGCAAUUUGGUUUCAGUGCUACGCAAUUGCAGGAGUCCGGCCCCGAUCUGCAGUUCAGAGCAUCAUCCAGCCCAGCAUUUAGGGCCAGUCAGCGACGGGCUGAAGACCACCACGCUGUCGUCCCAAAGCUGUCGAAUCGAUCUACCCUAGACGGAGAAAGUGUCUUGUACACUGAAGCUCAGCACCGUAGGAAGGGCACGCUUCCGUCCUGCCCGAAAGCCUCACAGAAGCUUAUUCCGAAUCAACUUGCUCUGCCACACGCUCCUCCGAUGGCCCAAGGUAUCCCACUAAUCCCACGAUCUGAGCUGCCUGACCGUCUUCGCACCGUUUUCCCAUUCGAUUUCUUCAACGCUGUACAGUCCAAGUGCUUUAAGAACGUGUAUAAAUCCGAUGAUAACUUUGUCCUUUCUUCCCCGACUGGAAGCGGAAAGACGGCCAUUCUAGAACUUGCAAUUUGUCGAGCGAUCAGCACAAACGCUACAGGUCAGUACAAGAUCGUGUACCAAGCUCCGACCAAGGCUCUCUGUUCCGAGCGACAACGGGAUUGGCAGAAGAAAUUCAACCCUCUCGGGUUACAAUGCGCCGAGCUCACUGGUGACAGCGACAACGCCAAUCUCCGUGCUGUGCAAUCCGCGAACAUCAUUGUUACGACACCAGAAAAGUGGGAUAGCAUCACUCGCAAAUGGAAAGAUCAUGAGAAACUCAUGCAACUCAUUAGACUAUUCCUGAUUGAUGAAGUUCACAUUCUCAACGAGGACCGGGGAGCAACAUUGGAGACUGUCGUAUCUAGAAUGAAGACGAUUGGGACCGAUGUACGCUUUGUGGCACUGUCAGCAACCGUCCCUAACUUUGAGGAUGUGGCAACUUGGCUCGGGAAAAAUUCCCAGGAGCCAUUCGAACCUGCGAACAACGAGAGGUUCGGUGAAGAAUUCAGACCAGUCAAGUUAAAGAAACAUGUCUGUGGCUAUCAGAGCAGUGGCAACGAGUUCGUUUUCGAAAAAUUCCUGGAUGGAAAGCUCCCAGAGGUCAUUACUAAAUACUCAGAGCGGAAGCCCAUGAUGGUAUUUUGCGUCACUCGAAAUUCCACAGUGAGCACCGCGAAGAUGCUCGCAAAUUGGUGGAUAUCAAGAAGUUCCCAAGACCGGCACUGGAAGAAGCCGUCCAAGGCCCUCCAUUUUCGCGAUAGCGAACUCCGAAACUGUGUAGCAUCUGGAGUGGCUUUCCAUCACGCAGGGCUAGAGCCGAAUGACAGACAAGGUGUUGAGGAAGGGUUCUUGAAAGGUGACAUCAAUGUCAUUUGCUGUACCUCAACACUCGCAGUAGGCGUCAACUUGCCUUGUCACUUUGUCAUCAUCAAGAAUACAAUGUCCUACACGAAUACAGGUCUGAAAGAGUAUGCUGACCUGGAAGUUAUGCAGAUGCUCGGUCGAGCCGGACGGCCCCAAUUUGACAACAGUGCAAUCGCAGUCAUCAUGACUCGUCAGCAAAAGGUUCGUCGUUACGAACUAAUGGUGACUGGGCAAGAUAUAUUGGAGAGUUGUCUCCACUUGAACCUUGUUGACCACUUGAACGCCGAGGUCGGCCUUAGAACCAUCCGAGAUCUCACUUCUGCGAAAAAGUGGCUUGCGGGCACUUUCCUAUACGUGCGACUCAAGCAAAACCCCAACUACUAUAAGUUGGAGGGGGCCAGAAGCGGACAAGAUGUUGACGAGCAAUUGGACGAUAUUUGCAGUCGUGACAUCACACUCCUCCAGGAUACGAGCCUUGUGACGAAGGAUCAGCACUUCAAGUGCACCGAGUUUGGGGAUGCCAUGGCACGGUAUUAUGUGCAAUUUGAUACAAUGAGGGCCUUCCUAGGACUGGAGCCAAAGACUAAAAUCUCGGAAAUGGUAAGGAAAUUCAUCCCCCUCUCCCCAAAGAGGGCUCUCUCUGCAAUUGCACAAGCGGCUGAAUUCAAAGAGAUUCGAUUCAGAGCCGGCGAGAAACCAUUCUACAAGAGCCUCAACCAGUCUCCCUCUAUACGCUUUCCUAUUCCAGUGAAUCUUGACGCCCCAGCGCAGAAAGUGUCUUUAAUACUCCAAUCCGUCCUUGGCGGUGCAGAUAUGUCCUUUGAAAAUGGGGCCAAGAUUAGGUCGCAGUACACGAUGGAGAUGAGUUUAAUUUUCAAGCAUGUACAUCGGUUGAUCCGGUGUAUCAUUGACUGCCAGAUCUGCUUGGGGGAUUCCGUUGCUGUCAGAAACGCUUUAAUGUUGGAACGAAGCCUUAGCGGCCGGGCAUGGGAUGACAGUCCUCUACAGCUGAAGCAGAUUGAACAAAUCGGCGUUGUUGCGGUGAGAAAGCUAGUGAACGCAGGAAUCAGGAGCAUUGAAGAACUCGAAAAUACUGAACCUCACAGAAUCGAGAUGAUAUUGGGCAAGAAUCCGCCAUUCGGCAUGAAACUAUUGGACCGAUUGAAACCGUUUCCCAAACUUCGAGUCUCAGUUCAUGUUCAGCCUACCUCUAUUUCGAGAACUCCCGAUGGGGUCAAAAUUCUGGUUAAAGCAGAGAUUGGAUUCCUUAACGAAAACCCACCAUCCAAUUUUCAGCAAAAGCCUAUUUACGUUUGCUUGUUAGCUGAGACCUCGGAUGAACGAUUGAUUCAUUUUGCUCGGAUAAGUGGAUUCAAACUUGGGAAGGGACAAGACUUGACGUUCCUAGCGCAUUUGACGGGUCCAGACCAAUACAUUAAUUGCUACGUGAUGUGUGAUGGCCUUGCGGGUACGAUGCGAGGAGCAACCGUCAAGCCAAAUAUCCCAGCAUCAAGGUUUACGCGGCCCAGGCCACAUGACACGGCCAGCUUAUCUAGUGGCCCCGAGCGUCCUACUUCCAACAUGUCUCGACGUCGAAUCGAGACCAUGAUUGGAAGCCGGAGAUCGUCCGAUGGAAGCGACGAAUUCGGACUCGAUGGGAUUGAUGACGACGAUUUGGUCAAGGCGUCCUUCGGAGACCUUGACUUUGAUCAUAUAGAGAAUUAUGCAAAUCCGAAUCACGCCCUUACCAGGAAGAACACGACCAAUAACACAUCUACUAAGGGCAAGGGCAAGAGCCUGGAGAAGUCUGUGGAAGAAGAUGAAUACGAACCAAAGCAACUAGAAAAUGGAAAAUGGGCAUGCAAUCAUAAGUGCAAAGACAAAAAGAGCUGUAAACACUAUUGUUGUAAGGAGGGUACUGACAAGCCACCGAAGAAGCCCGUGAAAAAGGUCCUAGCUACGAAUGGGACAUCAUCUCAAGCUGUCCCGAAGAAGAAAGUAGACAAGGUCGACAAGACGCAAACGAGGCUUUAUCUUACACCCUCGAAGAGGAAAACCUCGACUCCCAUCGAGGUCUUGGACUUGACGCAACAGGAAAAGAAGAGGAAGCUGGACUACGCCAGAAAUGGGCCAAUAGACUAUCGCAAUCUGCAUCAGCUUCACCAAAGCGUCCAGAAAAAGGACUCUCCAGCCUCUAUCUCCUCUAUCAUGCACAAGAAGCCCACUUACUGCUAUUCUGCGGGUGAAGGCCACAGUUUGUCCUUCCUAGACAAUGACUCGACCAGACAAGGGACCGCUCAGUCGAGUGACUAUGGUGAUAUCCAGAUGGACGACAUUUCCACUCAUUUCGACACUCCAGAAAUCAGACGUGCUGGUAAAAAACCAAGAACACAACAAGAGGUAGCGGAUAUUGACAGUCGAAUCGAGAAAUGUGUUUAUGAUGUUCCCUCCGAUCAUCAUUUGCAUCUUUUCGAUGAUGAUGAUUCCGCACUUGGAGAAGCGAUGGUCAGUUUAAAGGAUUGUAAAGAUUUUCAAGCAGGCAACAAAGGGGACGAGGAGGACUUAAGUGCGUUGGCGGAGAUAUUUGAUGUCGAAAACGGCAGAGAUCUCGGCUACCAGAACCUGGGUACCAGUGCUGAAACAUGUCUCACUCAGUACGCGUCUUUAUCCCCGGUCAAAUCUCCAACAGCGCGGCUAGAGAAGAGUCGAUCAUCGUUGUUGAACGAUACCAGCAGCCCUCAGCCCUCAUUUGAUGGUUUCAAGUCUGCCAAAUCGAUGCUAAAAGGAUCAGCACUUGUGGAGUUGAAGCAGGUAAAAGAUGGGAAGGGUGUGCCGCGAACGAAGUCUACGAAAACACCAGUCGAGAUCGGCCAAGACAAGAACGAGCAUAUCGACUCGGUGGGACUGGAUGUUGAUAUCAGCAGCAAGCAGCAGCACAAUGACGUUCCUGAGGCUUUCCGAGAUCUAGAACCCUGGCUGUAUGCUGAGUUUGGGGAUAUCGUGGAGAUUAUUGAUGGGUAG